AUGGCCACAGCGUCAGCAAGUAACACACCAGAAUGUUCUAUUUGUUUUGGAAGUUUUGAAAAACCAAAGAUUGUACCAUGUGGUCACACUUUUUGUUUGUGGUGUAUAGAAAGAUUUAUCGCCGAUAAAACAAAGACAUUCCCCUGUCCGAUCUGUAACCAGGAUAUUAGAAUUCCAAAACGUGGU